GCCCCACAGGCCAGGCCCGGACCGGCGCCUCCAGGGUACGUGCAUGCAGGGCCUGUGUCCGCUGCUGGCCUCGGGCCCGGCCGUCCGGGAGGAGCUUCCCGCCCGUGGGCGCACGGACGGGGGUGGGGGGCUGGCCUGGCAGCGCCCCGGCUGUGAGGGGCUUCGGGGCCCGGCCGCUUCCCAUGCCGGCGCCGCACAGGCAGCCUGGGGCCGUGUCCUGGCACACUGACCGUACCGGCCGCAGCAUGGCGCGCCCCCGAGGCACGUCCACUCCGUCACCCCAGCAUGGCGGGGACGACGGCGGGCCCCCGCGUGCUGCUUGCAGAGGUCGUCCGGCAUGUUUGCGCCCCCGCUCGGGCGGGCCUCGCAUGCCUCCUGCGCCAGGGCUGGGCGAGGGCGGGGCGGGCGCAGCCUCACAGGCCCGCGGCCUCGGAGCGCAGAGCGCCGGUCUUGGCGGGCGCCGCCUCCGGCCUGGAGAUCUGGAGUGUGCGCCGCUCCGCGGUGCCUGAAACAGGUUGCCUGUGCGGUGUUCACUUUCUAUACGAUGAAUAUUAUACAGUCAACCUCUUCCCGGCACUGACACCGCCGGGCGCUGCCGCCUCGGCGCCCCAGCUCUCUGGAGGGUGACCUGCGCCUGCGGACCCGUGCCACCGGGCCUGCCAGUCUUCCAGCCGCAGUGCUCCGGAGGCCCCCGAGAGCCCACGGGCAGCCCAGCCCGUCACAUGUUUCAGGACAGGGACUGCUCUUCCAUCCUGUGCCCCCCUGGUCCCUAGGCCAGGCCUGUGGUAAGGCACGGUGAGUGUUUGUUGACUGACUUACAGGGCCUCUGGGGGCAGGAGCUUUAUCGCGUUAGUCCCAGGAAAGUACCUGGUACUGAGGAGACACUCAGGGUGUCGGGGCGGAGCGGUGAAGGUGGUCAUCGGUGCUAGAAAGUCUUCAUUUGUGUGAAAACCUAUUUGGUUGUUGGCUUUGCUGCCCUGCAGCCAUUUGAGGGUCCGAGGCUUGUUUCCACAGGGACAGAUCAGCUGGCUCUGGGCUUUUCUCCCCGCUUUCCAGGGGGUCCAGAGCCCCAGAGGAAGUGACCAACCCCAGUAUAGCGCCAAAGACACACUGGCGCCCGGUCCAGCACCACCCCCCCACCCCCGCUGUGAUGGGGGGCUCCCUGUGCGACCGGCUGGAGGUGGCAUGGGGCUAAUAUUUUAUGCAUGAAAUUGACAAAGUGGGAACAUUUGGAGAUGGAAAUUGCUCUUAAUGCAUCCACACAUCUCUGGAAUACAUUAAAGGCGUGUGUGUCGGGGAGGCAUUAGCCUCAUUUAAUAGCUGCAAUGUAACCACCCCCACAGCACUGUGUUAACAAGCGCGCCCCCCGGCCGCCCCCCGCCACUCGGCGACCAGCCGCCCCCAGAGAAUUAAGCAUAAGACAGAAUGUCAGCCCAGGGUACCGGACACACGGCCGCCUGCGGCCUCCACACACAUUUCAGACCCGGAGAGGGUGACCCCGUGCUGCCGGGUGCAGAAUUUCAUUAAAAGCCAAAUUACUCAUUUAUCUAUUGUUUGAGGAGAAGAGAAAAUAAACACAGGCCUUUCUCAUCUGACAAGCAGAUGGAAAUGUCUCCCCCUCUGGGUCUCCUGGAGAUGGUUCCACGGGAGGCACUGAGCGUCCGGACAUCGAGGGACAAGCCUGUCCCCACCCGAUUUUCAGGGGCAGUCGGGUGCUCGGAGCUGUCCGGGGCUGGGCCCUGGUCGGGGUCUGCCUCCUGGUCCCCUCCCACACACGAGGAGCCGGGGCACAGAGAGGCUUAGCGCCUGGCCUGCAGCGGCCCAGCAGGGAGGCCCCAGCCGCCUGUUCUUGCCCACUCUGCCAGGGCCCGGCCUGGGGGAGCGCCCUCAUGCCCCUCGGACGUGGUGGGCCCUCAGAAGCGGCCCUGAGUUCGGUCGGUGUCCCCACCACAAGGCAGCACGGGGUGGGGGGCGGGCGAGCCCACAGGGUCCUGGCAGCGGCCCUUGGCCCUGCAGCCCUGGCUCCCUGGGGUGCUCGGCCCCGGGGGUGGGCCCGGCCGCCUGACGGCCAGGAGCGGCACCCGGCGGGCCUGGAGCAUGGCCGCGGGGUGAGUGAGUACAGCGUGCUCCGUGAGGGCGCACGGGAGCGGGGCGGCGGGGGCGCUUACGGGGACCAGGGACAUCAGCUUCCGCCGAGUGCUGCCAAGGCUCUGCGGUCGGGGCGCUGGAAGGACCCCGCGGAGGCAGAGGGGAACCCGAGGGCGGGAGGGGCCGGGGGCCAGGAAGCAGGGCGCGGGGCUCCUCCAUCAUCUUCCCAUUAUCCAGGUGGCGCGGAGGGGCAGCCCGCGGUGAGCCGAGGUGGGGCUGGGGCCGGACCCCGGCGGGCCGCUUGGGGCUGCAGGCCAGGUGGGACCGCGCCCCCGCGCCGCGGUCCAGGCGAGGGGCGGCUCAGCUGGGGCCCCGAAGCCCACCAUGCCGCUCUGGUGCUGCGGGCCCGGUCUCUGCCUUUGCUCACCGUAGCCCAACGGAGCGCCCCUCCCCCCGUCUCUGCCAGGCCCGGCUCCAGUGCCCCUCCUGCAGGAAGCCUGCCUGGUUCAUGGCCACACAGCGCUUCAGCUGCAGUCGGACACCCGUCCCGUCCCCUGACCCUGCCCGGCCGCUCUCCCCUGCCCGGCCUGCAGGCCCCCGGGGCCGGGGACUGUUUCCGCCCCGGGCCGCAGAACCUGGCUCAGGGCAGGAAGGCUCACAGGACACAGUCUUGUCUCCCCUUUGCAGGGCCACGUGGGCACAGGCAGCAUCCAGGUCCAUCCCCACCGCGCGCCAGGGGCCGGGCCACACCAUCACGUCCCCUGGGAGCUGGGACCCGGCCUGGGGGCCGGGGGGCUCCGUGGGUGCAGCCAGAGCCCACGGGGGGGGCCAUGGAGCGGGGCGCCUGUCCCAGACACACGGGGCUCAGGGGCGGAGGGCAGUGCCGACACCCAACCGCAGCGCCCCCUCCACACGGCCUCCCGGGUGUGGCUGUGGCUGUGGUCCCCGAGGUGGGUCGCGGGCAGAGCCUGUCGCGCCGCUAA